AUGGCUGCUUCUUCAAACUCCAGUGGUGGAGGAGAGUCAUCAUGGACCCCAAAGCAGAACAAGCUGUUCGAGAAGGCGCUUGCCAAGUACGACAAGGACACACCAGAUAGGUGGCAUAAUGUGGCAAGGGAAGUUGGUGGGAAUAAAACAGCUGAGGAGGUUAAGAGGCACUAUGAGAUCCUCUUGGAGGAUAUCAAACACAUUGAGUCUGGCCAUGUUCCCACACCCAACUACAAGAACAACUCCACUGCUAAAACUUAA